UUUCAAAAGCUGCGAUGAACGUCACACAGCCGUAGGCUACGGUUAACGUCCAAUAAUUAGGAAAUAACAGCAUAUAUUGCGCAAUAUUCACAAAUCGGUGAACCCGAAUGAGUCGGUGGGAACGCGUAAACCAGAUUAAUGGGAGUCGACAGAGGAGGAGGAGAUGAAGGCUUGGAGUGGAUGCGCAGCUGAGAGAGUCCUCCCCCAUCAUUUAGCCUGACGACAUACAGGACACACGCGACCACGUGACCGACUGUUUACUGUUGCAGCAAGCGUAGCGUCUCCUUGAGCGUGCAUGAUGGUCCUGCUGUGCCGUAGCUGCCACAGCUAGUCAGGUGCUGCACCAUGGCCAAACCUGGGAGCGACAGAGAUGGAGCCAUGGUGGAUAAGCAGGCGGGGAAGAAGAGCAAGGAAAAGUUGUCCCCGUUCUCCAAAACUCCGAAGCUGGACCGGAGUGAAUUACUGGGGAAGGAAGGGAAAACAAAGUCUUCCAUGAAGCGCAAGCUCUCCUUCACGACCAGUCCGACGCGGACAGAGGAGCGAGACUCUGAUACCGAUGACUCAGACCCAGGCCAGUCGAGUGAGACCUGGGGAGAGAGAUUAGUGCCUCCCUGCAGGAUAUACGCAGACAAAGAUGGACCAGACAAGAAGAAAGUGAAGAAGGAAACGGGGAGCAAGAAGCCACAGCCUCCCAACCUUUUGUUUGGGUAUCCUCUGUCAGAACGCAAACAGAUGGCUCUCCUAAUGCAGAUGACUGCCAACAGCCCAGACUCAACACCUAGUCACCCCUCUCAGACGACCCCUGUGCAGAAGAAAGUCCCCAGCAGCACUUCAUCACGACAGAAGGACAAGGUCAACAAGAGGAAUGAGCGAGGGGAGACGCCGCUUCACAUGGCAGCCAUCCGGGGAGAUGCCAAGCAAGUAAAGGAGCUCAUAAGCCUGGGAGCUGAUGUCAACGUCAAAGACUUUGCAGGUUGGACUCCUCUCCAUGAAGCCUGUAAUCUCGGUUACUACGAUGUGGCCAAGGUCUUGAUAGCAGCAGGUGCCGAGGUGAACACACAGGGUCUGGACGAUGACACGCCGCUUCAUGAUGCUUCCAGCAGCGGACAUAAAGAUAUUGUGAAACUGCUUCUGCGUCAUGGUGGAAACGCCUUCCAGGCGAACAAGCGGGGAGAGCGUCCAGUGGACGUAGCAGAUUCUCAGGAGCUGGAGCAGCUUUUAAAGGGAGAGUUGCCACUGUCUGACCAAGAUGACAGCACUUCAGAGUCUGAAGACCCACCAUCUGUCGAUCCGUCCAGUGUGGACGACAACAUGGAAGAUUCCGAUACUGAAAAGGACUCGGAUAGCAAACCAGCCACGAAGGCGUCAUCCUCUAUGCCAGAGUUGGACGAGUACGAGUUCAAGGACGAGGAAGAGGAGGAGGAUCUCAGCAAAGCCUUGAAUGACAGGCACAUCCUCCGGAGGGAACUACGGCAGCGCGAGAAGGACGACAAAGAUAGGAAUCAUGUGGCAGGAAAGCAGGGCAGUAAGGGAGAUUCCUCCAAGUCCAAAAAGCAGAAGACUUCUCGUGUCCACUGCAGCUCAGAUACCUCCAGUGAUGAAAGUGUUUUGGAAAAAAGGAACUCACCCACCUGUUCCCAGAGCUCAGAGAACCUCAAAGCAGAAACAAGGUCUAAAAAGGACAAUGCUGAGCAGAAAGACAAGGGCAAAGUUAAGAGGAAGAGCAAGAGCCAGAAUAAAAAUAAGGAAAAUCAAGAGGAUGGCAAAGAAAAUAGUAAAACAUUGGUACUGUCCCUCGCAACUGUGUCAGAGAGCACAGAAAAGGGUCGUGAGGAAGAUUCCUUCAAGAUGUCUUUCAGCCCUAAAGACGACUCCUCUGUCCACCUCUUCCAUUUGUCGUCAAUCAAAUCUCCCAAACUAAAUCACAGCUUGACGGACAAACAAUCCCCGCUCAAGCAGGAAAAUACCAAGAUGUGUAUUUCCAUGAGCGAUAGUUCCUGUCCAGUGGACAGUGUCAAAUUCAACCACUACACGGACACAGAGUACUGCACUGAAGGCUCCAGCACCAAGGGCUGUAAGCAUAAGGAAAAGAGCAAGCAUCAACAGAAAGACUCCAGCUUAGAUGGAGACGACGGUCAUCUGAGCCCUUACAAAGAUGGCAGCUUAGGAAACAGCAUAGACAGCAGUGAAGGCGUGCUGCGGAAAACCGACUUGGAUGGCAAAGUAGUAAAGAAGCAUAAGCUCAAACACAAGGAGAAAGACAAACACAGGAGGGAGUAUGAGGCAGAGCGGAGCCGGCGGAGGGAGAAGGAGGCCAGGAAAGACAGCCACAGGAAUUUGGAGUUUGACAGAGAGUUCUGGAAAGAGAAUUUUUUCAAAAGUGAUGAGACGGAUGAACCUCUGCCGGUGAAAAAGGAAGGUGACGACUCGCUGCCGAAGAACUCUGAUUCCUCGCCUGUGAAGGAUGAGAGAAACCCAAAGGAGAAACACUCGAGCAGCAAGGAAAAGAAGUCGAGAGAGGAGCGAGAAAAAGACAAGGCGGUGAAAAAAGAGCGGAAGGAGGCUGCUGGUAAAGAGGAGAAGUUAAAGGAUUCAAAGCCCAGCGAGCGUGACGAAAGGCUGGACUGCCACAGCUCGGGGCGGAUUCCUGAGGAGUCACUGCAGAGCAACAGCAUGAAAGAAGAGACAGAAGAGAAGCCCGUAAGUGGGAUCACAGCUGAUCAGGAACAGCUGGAGUCCUCGGAAAAAGGCUCACGCGAGAGAACUGACAAGAGACUCCCAGGAAAGGAGAAGGAUUUGGAAAAAAUGGAGAAACGGCAUCUCGACAGGGAAAAAAAGGUUAAAACUGAGCACUCUGACAAAACGGAACCACAGAAUUCAGUGGAUCGCUGGAAGGAAAAAGAGAGAACUGGGGCUGUUUCCUCCCACUCGCCUGGAGAUAAAAACUACAAAGACAAUGAAAAACUAAAAUCCUUAUUCCCAACAAAAAAACACGAAGACGGCAGGAAAAACAAAGAUAAGUUCGACAAACGGGUUGACAAGGAAUACAGCGUCUGGGAUCACAGGGAGAAGGAUCGCACAAACUCCGAUAAGAAAGGAAAACCUCUAGAGAAGUCCACAGAUCAUGGUAAAUCUGAUCGCUCCAAAGAAAAGGACUGUGACAGGAAGAAGAGAGAGAAGCUCAAAGAUGGAACUCUCUCCUCCAGUUCCAACCUGAAACUAGUUUUAGAAGAGAAGAAGAGCUAUCUGUCAGAGAGCAGCAGGUCUGUGUCUGCCAAGUCAAAGGAGGAGGUUGUGAGAACUCCGGAAAAGGAUCGCGACCGGAGAGAGCGGGACAGAGAGUGUGACAGACACAAGGACAAAGAGCGACACAAAGACCGCUCCCAGCAGGCCAAGAUUAGCAAGAUCAAAGUCAACGAGGCCGACGUGGACAAGGCCAAAUCCAAAGCGUCCGCAGCAGCCCGAGACGCCAAGCCCAAGGAGAAGAGGCUCGUGAACGACGACCUGAUGCAGACCAGCUUCGAGCGCAUGCUCAGCCUGAAGGACCAGGAAAUUGAGCAGUGGCAUCGGAAGCACCUGGAGAAGAUCAAACAGAAAGAGCGGGAGCGGCUCAAGCAGCGGCCUCUGGCGGAGCCGGCCAAGUCCAAGCCCAAAGACCGCACCAAGCCGGAACCGUGCCUGAGCAAGGAGCUCACGCGCUCCAAAAGCUCCGAGGCCUCCGAGGUCCACGGCAGAGAGAAGUCUCUGAAGGACGGCACGAGCCCCAGGACGGUGUCUCUGGACGGAAAGAGUCUGCCCUCCAUCAGCGCAAAGGUCAUGUCUGCUGUGGAAAACUGUCUGACGAGGUCGCCCAGACCGGAGAGCGAGCGCUGUGGCCCCAUGUCUCGAUCCGUGUCCUUGGUGUCUGUCGCCAGCUCCGAAGAUUCAUGCCAGGCCACGAUACUAACACCCAGACACGCUGAGUACGACUCUGACAUGACCAUGGAGGCGUCCGACUCGCUGCCCGCCUUCCUCCAGUCUGACCUGGUUAUACAGGCCACCCGCUCGCCUUCUGCCCACACCAACAGUCUUCCAGACGCGCCGCAGGUCACUCGGACGCUACUGUCCAACAGGCAUGAGACUCCGUACCUCCGAGCUAUUCUAGAUGAGGACGCCAACUCGGCAGCCGAAGGUAAGGCUGUUGAAAGUCUGCCCAAGUCCACCGAGGAGUUAAAAACGAGAGAGACCCCAGCAGAAACGGAGGACGGUGUCAGUAGUCAACAAUGUUUAAAUACUGUGGUGGAUUCAGACGCAGACAGAGACACUUGUGGCUCCUCAGCUGCACCACAAGUGUUAAACAAAGACCCCCUGUUAAAAAACCUGACACUUCCACAGUCCAGCGGUUCUCAGCCUGCAUCAUCAGAGCCCACGGCUCCUCUGUUUGAGCCUCCAGUUGUGAAGGACGUCCAAAGUGUGACGGAGAAUCUGCAGGCAGAAUGUAGCAACAAGGAGCCUGAUCAGCUGUCAGCACUUGCAGCUUCACUGUCUGCUGAGCCUCCUGUGAUCAUAAAUGCGAAACCUCUGCCGUCGUCUGGAGUGGAGAGCCUUCAACAGGUGGACACGGCCGCCACAGAGGACUCUGACCACACAGAGAAGCCUUCUGAGGUCUCUGAUGGACCAGAACUAGAAAGCGUGGAGAGUGGACCUGAAAGCUGCAGAGCAAGUCCCGCACUGUCCACCAGCUCACACAUUCCCAGCUCCACCACCGGAGAGUCUUUACCAGGUUUUAGGAAAAGCAGCACAGAGUCCAAAUGUUCCGAAGAGAACGUUAAAGGUGAGAAAUUCAAACUUUCCAGCGACGCCGCUGCCUCGUGCAUUGAAGCUCCGCUGGAGAAGGACAGCAUUCCCUGUUUAAGCCUCGAACAGAAGACGGAGGAGGUGCCAGAUGUUCCACAUAAUUCAGAGAACCUCAGUGGCAGCACUGCUUCUGUUUCAGCAGAGAGUUCAUCUACUGAGGGCAGCGUUUCCACCGAGGACCUGUCUGAGCUGAAGGCAGAGGCCUCGUUGGAGCCGAUGGCGAUGACGCCCGCUGAUGAGAAAGCAGAGUCAGCUGUAGAACCGGCGCCUCAGACCGACAGCAGCAACGCCUCACGGAGCUCCUCUCCCCAGUGUGGAGACCAGAAGGCAGAUUGCUUAGGGGCCAGGCUCAAAGCUCGCUCAGCAGAGGACGACAUCGACAUCCACGUUCCCCACCCGCGAAAGAGAAAGAUGCCCAAGGUGCCGACUUCUCAGUCGAGCUCCUCGUCCCAGGACAAGGAGAGGGGCCAGCAGUCGCUGGCUGCCAUCGUGGACUCUUUGAAGCUGGAGGAGAUUGAGCCCUACCAGACGGAGCGGGCCAACCCUUACUACGAGUUCCUCCACAUCCGGAAGAAGAUCGAGGAGAAGCGCAAGGUGCUGUGCAGCGUCACCCCCCAACCGCCGCAGUAUUAUGACGAAUACGUGACCUUCAACGGAUCCUACCUCUUAGACGGGAACCCACUCAGCAAACUCUGCAUACCGAUGAUAACGCCUCCUCCAUCAUUACCAGAGCAGCUGAAGGAGAUGUUCAAACAACAAGAGGUCGUCCGAAUGAAGCUGCGGCUCCAGCACAGCAUUGAAAGAGAAAAGCUGAUCGUAUCCAAUGAGCAGGAAGUCUUGAGAGUUCAUUACCGGGCGGCAAGGACACUAGCCAAUCAGGCGCUGCCUUUCAGUGCCUGUACAGUUCUAUUGGACGCAGAGGUUUACAACAUGCCUCAAGAUGUGCAGUUUGCUCCUGGUUCACAGAGCGAUGACGGCAAAACGUCAGUAAGGGACAGGUUCAACGCCCGCCAGUUCAUGUCCUGGUUACAAGAUGUGGACGACAAGUUUGAUAAACUAAAGACGUGUCUCCUGAUGAGGCAGCAGCACGAGGCGGCGGCCCUGAACGCCGUGCAGCGACUCGAGUGGCAGCUCAAACUCCAGGAGCUGGACCCGGCCACCUACAAGUCCACCAGCAUCUUUGAGAUCCCCGAGUUCUACAUCCCUCUCGUGGAGGUCAACGAUGACUUCGACCUCACGCCGAUAUGAGCUGCAGGACCAUGUCACGUACACAGGCACUCCACGCGUUCAAGAAAAAUGUGAAGCACUUGGGACGCGAUGGUCAAACAGAAACAGCACUUAAUAGACGACGAGCUCUUACGGUCCAAGCAGGCACGCCCACCACGUGGGCCGACCCGGAAUGCAGAUGAAACCCAGGGAAGCGAUACCAAACGCUGGGCCAGGAAGCAGGAGCGUGGGCGACGAGCACCUGCGGCUCCUCAUCAAGCAGGGUCACACAAGUGAAAGGUUACAAUUGUUCAUACAUUGUGUACAGACUGUGCUCUUAAUUUUUUAACUUAUUUUAUACAUAAACAAUUGUGCAUUUGUAAAUAGCCAUGUAAUUAUUGUUUUAAACUUGUAAAAACAAAAAAUAAUAGAUAUUUUGAUUGUAAACUUGUUCCGUCUUAUGUUUUAAUGGACCAAAGUUGGUUUUUAUAUCAAGUGUCCUCUUCGUUCGUGACGUUCUUGUUGUUGUUUGCUUAAACUCUUAAGCAUGUGUUAGCUUUGUGUUGUUUUGUUUUCACUGUUCCUUCCUUCCUCACCUGCAGUUCCAGGCCACAGCUGGUGUUAUUUGACUUUAGCAAUUAAAUGCUGUGCAUGCGUUGCAUUGUUUGUACUUCUUUCCUAAAAAGCUGUACUGUGGACUUAAUUGUGAGUUUACUGAGGUGUUCCAGCUUUUUUGCCGCAUUGUGUUCAUGUCCUUUUUGCAGCCUCACUCUUCCUGUGUUGUCCAUUGUGUCUUGCGCACAUUAAAAAGUCUGUUGUGGCUUCCAAGAAAAAAAACAACAUACUUUUACAGUUUCAAUGUGAGAUCACAACAAAUCCUAUUUUUUCAACAUAAUGCCUUUUGAACGAUAGUUCUAAAAAAUGUCUAUUUUAAUAUUUACUUGUUACAUGACUGUACAUAUUUGUAAUAUAUAAUUGAAUAAAUUUUAUUUGUUGUGAAAUUAAAA